AUGAAACACAAUAACAAUUCAGAACCAUUUUAUUUACAUCCACCUUUGAGUGAUCGCUCAUUGGAACCAGCACAUGCACCAGAAAAUGGCUUGUACAUCAAUCCCAUGAGCAAGCAUAGGCACAGUGCAUCAAGCAGUUCUGAGAGUAGCGUAAGCAGUACUAAUGGAGAAUCGUUUUAUCUUCACAAUCCUCAAGAAGUCAUAUACAACAGAGUUAAGGAUCUUUUUGAAAGCACAACGAGGGGACAAGGUUUGACAGUAAAAGUAGAUGUCCACUCAAGCAGUAGCGGCGCAGGAUCUGACGAAAAUCUGUCUUCAUCAGAUCUAUCAGAACGUUCUGGGGACCAUGAACACGACUACGAGGACAUUUACAUGAUAAGAGAAGAAAACAAAGCGUUGAAUAAAACUCGUUCAAAUUCUAGAGAUUCUGGAUCACACAGUAGAUCUGGCUCGGUUAGUUCUUCAAACUCUGGAAACGUUAUCGUACAUUUAACAACUGACAGUAACAAUAAUCAAAAUGAUAAAAGAGAAGCGAGUACUAAAACCGAGAUAAAGCAAAAAAUGGAGGAAAAGGAAAAUAAUGAAUCAGGCCUAUCUUCAGGAUCCUCGCCUUUAACCUCCGAAGACGAACCGGAAAAAACAAAAUUGGCCUCUCGCCACUCUCUUCCAGUCAAAACAACUACCACCAGCAUCACGAAUUCCAAGCUUCUGAAGAGGGUCACAUCAGUUCCGAUCGAAGGGUCGCCUCCACCACCGCCUCCUCCGCCACCACUCAAUGCCGUUAAUCAAGAUGUUGAUGAUGAACCACGAGGAGCGGAAAUAGUGGAAGUCGUCGAAGAACCUACUUUAAGGCCAUCCGAUAUUGUUAAGGGGAUGUGUAGAAGUAUGUCUGCUUUAUCCGCUAGACGUCUCAACUCUUCCUGUUCGGAUCUCACCAUCAUCAGUUUAGAAGGAGAAGAAGCAGACAAGCAUGGCCCUAACCUUGUAAACAAACAGCGAGUUCUUCCUUUCAUCCCCCCUUCGUUUCCCGGUGCUGCUAAUUCCAAUAAUCUAAUCAAACCCUCCGAGUAUUUGAGAAGCAUCAGUGAUAAGAGAUCUUCUAUCGGGUCCAUCAGGAGUUUUUCCGAAAGUGAGGAUACAGACAGCAAGUUUGAAGAAAAGAGAGAUUUUGGAGUGAACGGUCCACCUCCACCGCCUUUGCCUGAUAAUUUUACCCAGAAAGAGGAACAAAACACUGAGAUGGUGAAAAAACAAAACCAACCACUGUCGGCCAUCAGCAUCCAAGACCUCAAUUCAGUCCAAUUGAGAAGAACUGAAAAAGUUAUUGCCUCAAAAACUUUUUCCGCACCAACAAGGAGCAUGAGUCUUCAGUGUCUCCAAAGCGAACCAUUUUUGGCUCAAAAAACCGACUUGAUAGCAGAAUUGAAAAUGUCCAAAGAUAUUACCGGAAUUAAAAAGAUGAAAAUAGAAAGAGCUAAGUGCGAAGUUAGCAAAGAAAAAGAAAUAUUUACAGAGAUUACUAAGCAGUUUACUACCACGAAGUUUGUAGAAAAAGUUCCGGAGAAAGACAACACAGGAAAUAUAAUACCGGCUUGGAAACGACAGAUGCUUGCCAAAAAGGCUGCAGAAAAGGCCAGAAAAGAAUUAGAAGAACAACUGGUUAGAGAAGCUGAAGAAAAACGGCUGCAAGCUAUACCCCAAUGGAAAAGACAGCUGCUGCAAAAGAAAGAAGAAACGGAAAACAAAAUAAAGUCAACUUUAUAUACUCCAAAAGUGGUAGACGAACCGAAAAUAACGAAAAUCCAAGAUUGCGAUGCCACUUCGAAGAAAGAAAACACAAACGAAGAAACUAAUGAAGAAGAAAACUACAACGAUGAAAGCCUAAAACUUGAAAACGAAUUCAACGAUACCGAACAGUCAGACGAGGAACCACCGAACUUGAUACCUUGGAGGGCACAUUUGAGGAAAACAAACAGCAAGUUGAAUUUGUUAGAAUAA